AACGCUUCCCCCUUCCUCGUCCUCCCAUCGCUUUGCCCCGGCUGCCCCCUUUACCCUCCGCGCCGCGCCGCCCCCCCUUCUCGAAUCGAAAUCCCUCUCCGCCAUGCCGAAGGGCGCGAAAAAGCGGGCCAAGCUCAAGAAGCAGCAGCAGGAGGGCCACCCCGACGAUGGAGGCAACAACGCCAACGCCAGCAACGGCAACGGUAACGGCAGCGACGACAACAACGCCUUCAGCCGCCGCGACGGCGACCACCACCUGCGGAUCCCACCCAAGGCUUCUCGCGUGGACGCGAGCGAGGACUCCAUGGAGAGCUCCGAGGAGAUGGUGACGCCCAGGGCCGCCGCGUCGGAGGCGGAAGAGGAGGAGAGGAAGGCCGCCGCGGCCGAGGUGCUCGUGGAGCGCGCUGUCCCGCCGGAAACGGUUGGGCAGGAACGCGAGGGUAAGGUGGAUGCGGCGGUGGAGGUGCACCCCGUGGCGGCGCAGGAACCGGAGGUAAAGGAUGUGAUGGUGGCCGAGGAAUCCGUGGUGCAGGAGCCAGAGUCGGUCGAGGCAUCCGCGGUGGAGGUACCAGAGGUGAAGAGGGAGGUGGCCAAGGUGCAUCCGGUGCAUGAACCUGAGCCGAAGGUUGAUGAAGUGGUGGUGGUCGAGACGCCUGUGGCACCUGAGGUGCAGGAACCUGAGGUGAAGGGCGACGGUGCCAAUGUUGUGGUGCAGGAACCAGAGACUAGGGGUGGCAAUGUGGUGGUCAAGGACUCAGCUGAGCUGUCACGGUCUCGGGAGGCUGUUGAUGUGCAUACUACAGAGGUGGCGCGUGGACCUGCAGUGGCAGUGGCCGCUUCAGGGCAGCGGGCAACAUGGUGGAAUUGCUGUGGGCUUUUUGAUGCAUUUUCUGGUUCAGGGAGAUAGAUGAAGGGUUGGAACUUGGAAGUCAAGAAGACGGAAAAUGCUACAUUGUUCGGUUCAAAGCUGAUGGGCAGUUUGUAACUAGAUUUGGUUGAAUAGUCACAUGAACGAUGGGGCAGAAGGAUUUCGAAUAACAUCGAGCUGAUGUUUCUACUUCCUCCCUUCCCUGCAUUUCUGCGUCUGUGCAAAGUUACACCCUCCUGGUUGUGGUUAAUAUUCUUGAUGUCCUUGGCAUCCCGAACGCCCCUCUUCCCUCCCUUGUCUAGUGUGUCGUCUAGGUCCUGGUCUUGUAGCAUAAGAGUUGAAGUGGGUCGACCGUAAAGAAAUUUUGUUGUUUCUGCUUUUAUACUUAUUUUCCUGGGGUACGUAUCAUCUGCCAUGCCCCUUUCUCUCAGGGUUGUCACUUGUAAGGAGUAUAUUUGUUCAAACAAUUUGAGAUGUUCUUUGCAGAGCCUUUAGUCCGCUGAA